AUGGUGAAUUAUGUCCUCUUCGAGAUAGCCUGUGGAUACUCGCUGUUUGAAUGCUUACAAGCAGAGGAAAUUGGCUCUAAACUUGAGCAAGUCCAAAAAGCAGUCCAAGAUCUGGCAAAAUUUGGGAAAAUAGUGAAACUCAAGUCAUUUGUUCCCUUUAAGGGCUCCGUUCAUGCCUUGGAAAACGCAAAUGACAUAUCUGAAGGAGUCGUGAAUGAACAUCUUAAGUCAUUUUUGGAUUUGAAUCUUCCAAAGCCUGGAAAGAAAAGCAAAGUAGUUCUUGGUGUUAUAGAUAAAAAUUUGGCAGGCGCUAUUAAAUCUGAAUUAGGACAUGAUUGUGAGACUAGUGAAAUUGUGCUUGAGCUUGUUCGGGGUAUUCGCUUGCAUGCCGAUAAGUUGUUAAACCAAGUCAAAGAGGGCGAGAUCAUCAGGUCACAACUUGGGUUGGGUCAUAGUUACUCCAGGGCGAAAGUCAAAUUUAAUGUUAAUCGUGCCGAUAAUAUGAUCAUACAAGCGAUAACCUUGUUAGAUCAGUUAGACAAAGAUAUAAACACGUUCGCUAUGCGAGUUAGAGAAUGGUACUCGUGGCAUUUUCCGGAACUCGUGAAAAUUAUCAACGAUAAUCAUCAGUACUCUGUUCUCGCUAAAUUCAUCCAAAAUAAAAGCAAAUUAACUGAAGAUCGAUUGGAUGACCUUAUCGAAAUCACCGGUGAUGAAUCCAAGGCGAAACAGAUUAUUGAUGCAGCACGCUCAUCAAUGGGAACCGACAUUUCUGCUUUGGACAUGAUCAAUAUCGAGCACUUUGCUGACCGUGUAAUCAACCUUGCUAAUUAUCGUAAACAGUUGCAUGAAUACCUGUUGUCAAAGAUGAGCAACGUAGCUCCAAAUUUGUCAGCAUUGAUUGGUGAGAUCGUUGGCGCUAGGUUGAUCUCACACGCCGGAAGCUUAACUAACCUUUCGAAAUGUCCGGCCUCCACCGUUCAAAUUCUGGGUGCCGAAAAGGCUUUGUUUAGAGCCCUCAAGACCAAAAGCAAUACUCCUAAAUACGGCCUCAUAUAUCAUUCCUCAUUUAUUGGUCGUGCUGGCACCAAAAACAAAGGAAGAAUUUCGCGAUUCUUGGCUAACAAAUGUACCAUUGCCUCUCGAAUAGAUUGUUUCACAGAAAAACCUACUUCGAAAUUUGGAGAAGCGUUUAAAACUCAAGUUGAAGAAAGAUUACAAUUUUAUGAAACGGGUGCAUCUACUUCCAAGAAUGAAGAUGUAAUUAAGAAAGUAUUAAAUGAAAUUGAAAAUGAGGAAGAUCAACCAAUGGAAGUAGACCAAGAGAAAUCGUCGAAAAAACGUAAGGCAUCCCCGGGAACUCAAGUUGAAGCUUCCAAAAAGCACAAAAAAACGAAAGCCCUACUCAAUGCAGUAGACGGAGAAACAACCGAACCUGAUAAAAAGGAUAAUGUUGAUGAAAUGGACACAGAUGCUAUUAAACCUAGUAAAAAAAAGAACAAGGAAGUUAAUGAGUCAAAUGUUAAAAAAAAGAAAGACAAAAAGAAUAAAGAUGAAGAGGUCUCCCAAACGACUGAUAUUGAGGAGAAAGUGAGUAAUGGGAGGAAUAUACGUGAAGAAACGCCACCGCCAAAGAAAGUAGCGUUCGCUUCAGAAGAAACGCCUACAAAGGAAAAGAAAGGAAAUGAUGCUUCAAUGGUAACACCACAAUCUGAUAAAAAAAAGAAAGAUAAGAACAAGGACACCACUCCAUUGUCUACACCAAAAUCUGAUAAAAAAAAGAAGGACAAGAAAGAGGAAAUGACUCCAUCGUCUACACCAAAGUCUGAUAAGAAGGACAAGAACGAGGAAACUACCCCAUC